CCUCCCGCUUCUCCUCCUAUCUUCCAGCACCUCCGACCCAAAGACCGCGCUCUUCUCACCAAAGUCAAUCAAGCCAAAGCUCAAUCAAACACCGACAACAUGACUACCGAGCAGACCUUCAUUGCCAUCAAGCCCGACGGUGUCCAGCGCGGCCUGGUCGGUCCCAUCAUCUCUCGCUUCGAGAACCGUGGCUUCAAGCUUGCCGCCAUCAAGCUUGUCUCUCCUUCCCAGGAGCACCUCGAGAAGCACUAUGCCGACCUCAGCGACAAGCCCUUCUUCAAGGGUCUGAUCACCUACAUGCGCUCCGGCCCCGUCUGCGCCAUGGUCUGGGAGGGCCGUGACGCCGUCAAGACCGGCCGUACCAUCCUCGGUGCCACCAACCCCCUUGCCUCCGCCCCCGGCACCAUCCGUGGCGACUUCGCUAUCGACGUCGGCCGCAACGUCUGCCACGGCUCCGACUCCGUCGAGAACGCCAAGAAGGAGAUUGACCUCUGGUUCAAGCCUGAGGAGGUUCAGAGCUGGAAGCAGAACGCCUUCGACUGGAUCUACGAGAAGGCCUGAACGCUCGGGGAGAUUGACCCUGAUGUGCCAUUAAUAUGGCAACUAGCAUGAGAUGACGGCUCCAUAGAACUGAAUAUAAAAAACAAACUUCCACAGCCGGGAACUUUCGGCCACACAAGCUUGAC